AUGCCUCGUGAUGCCGGCCCCCGCAAGCCCACCCUCAAGCAGCUGGCGAAGCAGAAAGCGAAGGACAUCAAGACCCGGGAGCGCAACGAGGCGACGUUCGCAUCCGCCGUUCAGCACUCCAAAAGCACCAUACUCGACGUGGACAUGCGGUUCAUUCAAGACACGCUGACCCAGAACCCGACUUGGAUUUCUCCACUCGCUGGUCUGAUCCGCUCGGGCUCGUUGAAUGGUCUUCUGAAGGACGUUGCCAAGAAGGAGGAGACCGGUGGACUGAGAUGGAAGGGCAAGUGCACCAAAUGGGGCAGUUUGCCGCUUGAGAUGGCGAGCUUAAUGCUCAAGCAUUGCGGUGUGGAGCUCGCGGAGGACGUACAGAAGGACGAACCCGUCGUACGGACCCUCUUCGAGAUCCAGUUCUGGGCAGCCAAGUCGGCGUCCUUGCCAUCUCGUGCGGACAUUCGCUAUCAGUCCACGUUGGUCAAGUUAGCGAGGGCCCGCAUGGAGGACGUUGGUCGCAACUACAUAGCUGCGGUGAACUCGGCGGAGGCUAUCAGUGUUGACCGGGACAGGUACAACAUCUGGUCACUUGAGAACAACACGUUGUACUGCCACGUCUUUGCCACACAAGAUGGACACCCUCGCCGUUCCCGCUCGGAGUUCGUACCCAACGAGUCGUACCUCAGCCACGAGCUUCCUACUCUCCCGGACAACAAGACGUGGCAAUUGGACGACCCUUUUGCGGUGGACUGUGUCAUUUCAGAUGGACAGCAUAACUCGUUGUUCAGUUUUGAAUGCGCGAGUUUCUUUCCUACUUUGCCGGACAUGAAGGCCAAGUGGACCUUCGACUUGUCGUCGGACGCAGACACCACGGACGCUCUGAAAAAAGAGAUCGAGUCGCACUUUCUCCAGAGUUCGUUCUCCCUCCUCAAGCAGCAGGAGCACGCUGCAAACGCCGAGAAGAAGGGCACCAAACGAAAGGCAUCCUCGCAGCAGAUGCAGGACGACAUGGAGGACGACAACGAGCAAGCGGACAAUGAGGAGCACACGGGUGACCAGAUGGAAGAGGUAGCAGCUGGACGAAGCACACGUUGUACAGAGUUUGCCACGUCGAGCUUUGCAACGAUUGUUCUUUUGCAUCAAUGGCACCAGGGUAUGCGCAAAGAUGCCAAAUGGAAGAAGCCGGCAGAGGAGGUAUCCAAGCUGGCCGGGGAGUUGCUUCAAGGCCUCGCUUCCUUGUUCCUGCAGACCCCGCAGGACUUCUCAUUCACGUGGGACGGAAACACUCUGGUGCUGCCGUUCAAAGGAGGUUCGCUGGACGUGGACGAGGUUGUACUGCAAAACAGUUUACUUGCUAAAGUACUACACCGCGAUCGUUCCCGAUUCAUGGACGUGCUGCAGGAUGUGAAUGUGGACUGCACCCGUCGGACAAUUGGAGACACUCGCAAGUCAUCUAGUUUGAGGACGAAGUACUACUUGUUGGCGGCUUUGGCACGUGCCAUGGAUUCGUCGGACGACACGCAUUCCUGCUGGACAUCUUUGAAUGUGAAGCAAGUGAUGCAGCUUAGGAGCACCUCCGGAUAUCGUCGGUCGUCCACGAGUUUUCGACAAGAGGUUGCGAGUUCAUCGAAUGCCACACGCAGGACACUUACCUCCACAUUGCAAGGACAUGCGUUCACCGUGCAGGACAGCAGCGAACAGCAGGACGAACAAAAGAUCAAGAAGCACGCUUCUAUGGACGCACACAGGCUAGCACGCAUGGAGCGAUACGCCUAUGUCACGCAGGGCAAGUCAGAUUUCCUCUCGACGGACAUUUUGUGCGUGGUGGUCCAGAAAUCGUCCGUCUUGUCGGCUGAGCAGUGGAAAGCUAUGUGGAACAAGGCUUCCAAGAAGUUCCUCGGGAUCGAGAAACCCGUUGGACCUGGUCAUGCGGAGGACCGGCUGGCCACACUGUCUUGGAUGCAGGACAUAAACCACGGCUUGCGACCCAUUGGCUGGACUUUUGGCUGCUGCCAGAGCACGCCGGCCGGCCCCGCGGAGGACGACACGAAGGCUAAACGUGCACCGAUCAUGAUUUUGUGCACCGACCAAGAAGCAACACAGCUGGCGGCUGUCUCCUUCUUGAGGAACAAAAAGAGCCUCUGGAUCGAACACGUCUCGGACCCCGCCCACAGGUCGCACAACGACGUGGCUUUGGCCUUGUCGGCCGCUGGACUCCUGAAGUUCUGCACAUGGUGCAUCUCGCUGUACAACAUCAGGUAUGGACCCUGGCAGAAGGGCUCGUGGGCGUUGAAGAUCCAGCAAGCCGCAAAUCGCAUGAAGGACAACAUGGACCCCUCGGACCCGAUAUUGCUCCUUUUCUUCCCGGACAUUCUGCUGGACGCCGGCCUCUCCCCCCUGGACGACAACACGGAGGAGAAACGCAGGUCGUUUUUGCAGACAUUACCCGACAUGGACUGCAUCCGCAUCAAGGGCACGAAGGCCAGCAAGAGUCGGUUCAAUUCCCUGACGACGGCCCACAGCGCGCUGGACAAAGAGUGGUCGGUCUUGGCUUUAGUUCUCACGGUGGUCUGCUUGGAGCACAACUGGGCAGUUUCCACUAAGGACCUCUUCUCGCAGGACAGCAACCAGGCCCGUGCCUCGGUUCCAUAUGGUGGAAGCAAGUCUUCUGCCAUACAGGAGGCCAAGCAAGGCAUGGACCAGGAGCGGAAGGGCAGCGCGAACAGUCUACACUUAAUGACGAAGUUCGUGAUCUCGCAGGACAACAAGACGACAGCCAGGAUGAUGUUCCAGGUCUUGCAACCCGAAGAGCUUCGUUGUUCGCUCAUGCUCAAGCAGCUGCGUUCCAAAGGCAUGACGAAGGACUACUACUCUGGCUGGGCACACUGGUCUUGGAUGAGCACUGCAAAGGACCACGUCAGGACUUUGUCGAAUUUGGAAGGUUUAUCUCGUGUCGGCCUCGACCUGACACUGGCACGCGCACAACCCCCGGACGAGACAGAGCUUGUCUGGCAGGACUCGCUCGCAGGCCAAAUGACGCAGUUGACACUACAGAUCCUGCGGCUGCGGGCCGGGGCACAGCUGUACCAUACUGGAGGUUUCGGUGCGACCGCAGGACUAGUCCAUGCUGAAGAGCAGACACGCACAGUGGUGGUUCUCGUAUGGCAAAAAUUGCUCGAAGGUCAUUUCUCCCAAGGGCCGAUUAGUCGGUACAUCCUCGCCGAUCUUUGCACUACCCGGUUUCAGAGCCUUACGGAGGACGUUGCACACGUAUUGACCAGCAUUUGGUCGGGCCUCUUGAACACGAAGAUCAUCGAAGACUGUAAUAAAGUCCAGCGCGAGGCCGAGCAACGACAUUCGUCUUCGAAGGACUUGGGUCGUUUGGACGGAUGGAAGGCUGUGACCCAACAGGCCGUGGUCAAGAUGUACGAGAGGGUGGAGGCACUGUCAACGGAGCUCUACCACACGCCGGCAGCGUUUGACGUGGCCAAACUUUUCUGCAAAGACACCGAGAAGAAGAAGAUUCAAGCAGUUCGUCGUCGUUCCGAUUCGUCGGUCAGCACGCAGGUCAGUGCCUCGGAGGUGCAGGAAGCACAGCUUCUUGCAGACGUGACGAAGACGAGGGACUGGGUCUCCCACAACCACGCCGAGGAACAGGAGGUUUUGGCUGCCUUCAGUUUACUGAUGAAGGCGUGGAGGGCCAAGCGAUGGUCGCUUUGUGAAGAAGGUUGGUGCUCUGGACUUUUGCCCGAAGGACAUGUUGUACUGGCAGGUGCAGACCCGUUGUUCAUCGUUCGGACAUACCGUUUGGCUGCACUCGCAUGGCCCGGCAAGAUCGUUAAGGACAAGGACCAUGAGUUUUCGAAUUCAACAUGGGCGUUCGGUCGUUCCACGCAGGGCAGCCACCUCAACAACGGCAUCGUGUUUUUGGUGGACAAGAAGAUGGGCACGUUGGACUUUCACGCCGAGCAGGGUGUGGACGCAGGACAUCAGCUGGCUGUUGCCGCCAUGCUCAACAUGGACAACUCGUUGGUCGAAGAGGACGUGGUUCAACGAAUCCUGGCAAGGCAUCAGACUGACAAGUGGAUGCCGGAGGUCGACGACAAGGACUUGGAAGCCGUCGUUCGGGACACGCUGCUCAUUGGCGAGCAGGACAAGGCCCUCAAGGAGCUCAGUGCCCGUCGGUCCACGGUUUCGGCCAAAAGUCUACGACCCAAGGUAUGCACGAUGUACAAGAACGCCGUCUCGGACCUGGACAAGGACUUUUGGAAGGCCGGACAGGACACACGCCGACGCAAGACUCAGAAGGCCGAGAAGGACAGCAAAAAGCUAAAGCAGCAGUACGACCGGGUGUACGCAAAGCUGAAUGCCACGACGGACGAGCUUGUGAAGAGCAUGGUUCCUGAUACUGUACAGGUUUGGACGGACCCAAAGAAUGGUUGGUCAUGGGUGGAGCACCACGAAGGACGUGAUCCACCCGAAAACUUGCAGGAGCGAUUGACAAGGCACAACCGAAAGGACCUCCGUGACGAGUACACACGCAAGGCCAGGCAGGGCUACCAGGAGAAUCGGGUCCAACGCGAAGAAUUUCGACAGGCCAAACACACGGAAGUUCCCCCCGCUUCGUUCAUGGACAGAGAACUGCCGGACGUCGCAGAGUCGCAGGACUUCGACGGUCGUGGCAUUUUUCGCUACACGGCCGAGGACCCACUGGUGCAGGAGAAACAUAUGGGUCGCGGCACGUACGGGGAGAUUUUCGCUUGCACGUACCAGGGCCUGAAGUUAGCCUUGAAAGUGGCCGUUCGCACGCCGGACAGGGAGACUGCACUGUUGGACGUGCACCAAGACGGUCUCGAAAAGACGUGGGACUUGACCCGUGAGUUCACUCUUUUGAGCCAGAUAGGACCUCAUCCGAAUGUUCUGCGACUCUAUGCCUUGCUGACAUCCUCGACUGGGCACACGGGAAUUCUAAUGGAGCGGGCUUCCUGCGACCUCUUGAAGGCCACACGGGACUUGAAGACCGACGACCUUCAGGACGGAGUUCCCUGGAGCACACGACGAGCCCAAGUAACGACGUACUUUCGGCAGACACUCGCAGCUCUUACAUUUGUGCACAGCAAAAACAUCGUACAUUUGGACGUGAAAACGAACAACUUCCUCGUGUUUCUCCUCGGCGAGCGGGUGGUGCUGUCCGACUUUGGUUUUUGCCGAGCUUUGCCACUCAAUGGAAAAGCAAAAGUCAGAGCUGACGAAGUCUACACGACGUACUACCGGCCGAUCGAGUGCCUUUACUCCGGGGACGGCAAGGUGGAGAUCGCCCCGAAGGCGGACAUGUGGGCACUCGGUGUGGUGACGUGGGAUUGCUACGCGAAGACGACACGCUCGCUGUUCACUCCCGACCCGAAGGGCUUCGUCAAGCACACGCCGACCAUCUCACAAGCGCUCGUUCGUUUCCAGACUGCAUGGCGCGAGAGAGCACGCGACCUGCACUUGCUGGACGACGACAUCGCUGCACACGUUUUCGGUUCAUGCUUCACAUUGGAGCAGGACAGGCGCAGCUCACUCGAUUUGUUGAAGGAUUUGCAGGGCCGUUUCACGAGGACAAUUCAGUCGCUGGACGAAGAAGAGGAGCCGUAG